UGAUACCAGCUAUUGGUUGCUGUUUACAAAUACGAACCCUUCACUUUUCGCUCUCCUCAGAUCCCUGUUAGAGUUCUUCCUCACGGCUCUAACCCUAGCAUCCUUUUCCAAUAUACGCUUACGAAUUCCUUGCUGUUUGUUUCAACAUCAAUUACAAUCAUGGCUGGAUUAGCACCUGAAGGAUCACAGUUUGAUGCUCGUCAGUUUGACAACAAGAUGUCUGAAUUGCUUUCCGAGGAAGGAAGUGAUUUCUUCACUUCAUACGAUGAGGUUUAUGAAAGCUUUGAUAAAAUGGGUUUGCAUGAGAAUCUUCUUAGAGGAAUAUAUGCCUAUGGUUUUGAGAAACCGUCUGCAAUUCAACAAAGGGGGAUUGUUCCUUUUUGCAAGGGUCUUGAUGUGAUUCAGCAAGCGCAGUCUGGUACUGGUAAAACUGCCACCUUUUGUUCUGGUAUCCUCCAACAGUUGGAUUAUGAGUUAAUGGAAUGCCAAGCUCUUGUUCUAGCUCCUACUAGGGAGCUUGCUCAACAAAUUGAGAAGGUUAUGCGUGCCCUGGGUGAUUAUUUGAAUGUAAAGGUUCAUGCUUGUGUUGGAGGAACAAGCGUCCGAGAGGACCAAAGGAUCUUGGCUGCAGGAGUACAUGUGGUUGUUGGUACUCCCGGGCGUGUCUUUGACAUGUUGCGUAGAAAUUCUCUUCGUGCUACUAGUAUCAAAAUGUUUGUUCUUGAUGAAGCCGAUGAGAUGCUUUCUCGGGGUUUUAAGGAUCAGAUCUAUGACAUUUUCCAACAACUACCACCCAAGAUCCAAGUUGGAGUGUUUUCUGCAACUAUGCCGCCUGAGGCCCUUGAAAUUACCAGAAAGUUUAUGAAUAAGCCUGUUAGAAUUCUUGUGAAGCGAGAUGAGCUCACCCUUGAAGGUAUCAAGCAAUUCUAUGUAAAUGUUGACAAGGAAGAGUGGAAACUUGACACUCUAUGUGACCUUUAUGAGACCUUGGCAAUCACUCAGAGUGUCAUCUUUGUGAACACUAGGAGGAAGGUCGACUGGUUGACUGACCAAAUGAGAGCCCGUGAUCACACAGUGUCAGCCACACAUGGUGACAUGGACCAAAACACUAGAGACAUCAUUAUGCGUGAGUUCCGUUCUGGUUCAUCCCGUGUCCUCAUUACUACCGACCUUCUUGCUCGUGGUAUCGAUGUGCAGCAAGUAUCGCUGGUUAUCAACUAUGAUUUGCCUACCCAACCAGAAAACUAUUUGCACAGGAUAGGACGUAGUGGACGGUUUGGAAGAAAGGGUGUUGCUAUCAAUUUUGUAACCCGUGACGAUGAGAAGAUGCUUUUUGAUAUCCAGAAAUUCUACAAUGUGACGAUUGAGGAGCUUCCCGCUAAUGUUGCUGAUCUUAUCUGAAGUGACGAUGAUAGGCUGUCAUGUUUGUUUUUAGGGAGAAACUGUUUUGUGAAGUCUGUCCAAUUAGUAAAGUUUCAAUUUGGGCAACUUGUUUAUUGGAUGAUGAUUAUUUAUCGGAUUAGUUCACAAUUUUACCCUUCUUACUAUGCCUUGUUAUUUUUUUCUUUCUGUGAAUAUCAGCAUAUCACUAACCCUUGUGUGGAUGCCCA